AUGGGGAAGGGCACUGACAAGCUGUACAUCACGCGCUCCGAGUGGUCGUCCUCGGAUGCCUACGGUGCCAGCGCCGGGGCGAACGCGGGCGCGCGGGCGCAGCGCAACUGCGGCAAUACGCACGCGAGCUUCAAGCGCCUGCCCUUCAACUUUUGCGCUGCCAGCCUCCAGCCCUUCCAGAACCCCAUGUGCAAGGCCGACGGCACCAUCUUCGACGUCAAGGUCAUCAGCACCAGCUAUGCCAACAUAUUCGCCUGGGAUACGGUCGAGCGCAUGAACAUCAGGUCCAAGAUGUGGCGCGACUUGGUCGACGAUGCCGAGUUCGGCCAGGCGCAGCGCCAGCAGGGCGGCAUCAACGUCGACGCGCUGGGCCGCAUCGGCGACAAGGUCCUGCGCGCCAAAGAAGCCGUCGAGCGCGCCCGCCAAGCCCGCGAAGCUGGCGGCGUCGAUAUCAACCGCAUCAGCAAAUCCCUCGCCACCUCCACCUGUAAACCCUCCACCGCACCGGGCACCACCACCUCCCGCACCCCCUCCAUCCUCGAGAAGAAACUCGCCCCCAACGCAGCCGCCUACACCACCGGCCUCGCAGCCGUAUCCUUCACCUCGACCGGCCUGACGCCUGAAACCUCCGGCGAGCGCGCCGUGCUCUCCGACGAGGAAUGGAGUUCGCAGUCCAAAUUUGGGGGCGAGCUCUUGCUUGGCAGUCUGAAGCGUGUGACCUCGGACACGUUCGUCGAGCUCGGAGCCUUGGAACCUGAAGUAACAGUGCCGACAGGUCUCGAAGAUAUCUGCGGGGUGUCGCCGAGCUUCUGA